AUGGUCCAACUCGCUCACAUCUUCAAAAAGGACAAGGAUAAGGAGAAGACAGAGAAGAACAGAACUGACAUACAUUCAUCCCGAAACUCUUUCUCCGCUUCGCGCACACCUCCAUCUCCGAAGUCGACCUCCAAAUCCCCAACUAAGUCAUCUACCAAAUCUCCCUCCAAAUCCUCGUCCCCCACCAAACCCUCCAAAUCCUCCAAACAGUCCUAUUUUUCCCACAGUCGGUCUUCCUCCAAUUCGAGACCCACCGCCAAUUUCAAGUUUGCCCGGUCUUCGCGAGACCAGGACGUACACCCACUCAAUCUCCCACCCGACGAGCUACGUCGUCGAUUGUCCGCCAUGGCAGCAUCCAACGAAGAGCAGCGGAGCUCCAUGGAUAUUGAUUCCCAGGGACCCCAGAAUAAUGGCGUGAAUGGCACUGAGGAGCGAAGUCCGACCCCGCCACCGCACCAGCCGAAUUCAGCUUCUGCCGACGAGGCCGAUUCCUUCAAGCUGGCCGGAAACAAGUUCUUCAAGGAUGGUAACUACCGACGAGCUAUCGAGGAAUACAACAAGGCCAUCGAGAUUAAUCCAAACUCAUCGGCCUAUCUCUCUAACCGAGCGGCGGCUUAUAUGUCCGCUAAACAAUUUUUGAAUGCGCUUGAGGAUGUUCAGCGCUCCGACGAGCUCGACCCUAACAACCCGAAGAUCAUGCACCGAUGGGCGAAGAUUCUGACGAGUUUGGGUCGACCCGAAGAGGCCCUGGAGGUGCUGUCACGCAUCCAGCCACCAGCGACCGCCACUGACCGGGCAGCCGCAGAGAAGAUGCUGCGCUUCGUUACACAAGCCGAACAGACAGUAGCGGAAGACCGAGGUCUCUCGAUGGUGAUCUACUGUCUAGACCAGGCCCGGCAAGGGCUCGGACAAGGCGUCAAGGAGCCCCGCAAGUGGACACUUUUGGCCGCUGAGGCCCAUCUGAGGCUGGACAACGUCAACUCACUAGGCAAGGCGCAGGACAUUGCGAUCAGCUUGCUGCGCGAGAACAGCCAAGACCCAGAUGCGAUGAUGAUCCGUGCCCGUGCCUUCUAUGCCCUCGGUGAGUCCGAGCAGGCGCAGAAGCUUCUGAAGAUGUGCCUCGGGCUGGACCCAGACAUGAAGCAGGCCAUCAAGCUGCUGCGCAUCGUUCAGAAACUGGCUCGCACAAAGGAGGAAGGAAACACCGCUUUCAAGGCCAAGGAUUAUCACCGUGCUAUCGAUCUUUGGGCCCAGGCUCUCGAGGUUGACCCCUCCAACAAGGAUAUGAAUGCCAAGAUUUUGGGUAACCGUGCUCAGGCUUAUAUCAACUUGAAGGAGUAUAACUCUGCCAUUCAGGACUGUACUGAGGCUCUUCGUCUCGACCCCGGAUAUAUCAAGGCUAUGAAGUGCCGUGCCAAGGCCCACGGCAAGGCCGGUAACUGGGAGGAGGCUGUUCGUGACUAUAAGAGCGUUGCUGAGAACAACCCCAACGAGAGCGGCAUUGCGGAGGAGAUCCACGAAGCUGAAUUCGAGCUGAAGAAGUCCCAGCGCAAAGACUACUAUAAGAUUUUGGGAGUCGGAAAGGAUGCCAGCGAGCAAGAAAUCAAGAAGGCCUACCGCAAGCUCGCUAUUCUAUACCACCCAGAUAAGAACCGCGACGGUGCAGCCGGCGAUGAAAAGUUCAAGGAAAUUGGUGAAGCCUAUGAGACCUUGAUUGAUUCUCAGAAACGUGCUGCUUAUGAUAACGGUGAUGAACUGAGGGAGGGCAUGCCUGGCGGCAUGCAUGGCGGUAUGGGCGGUAUGCAUGGUUUCGGUGGUAUCAAUCCCGAUAUUCUUCGAGACAUGAUGAACGGGGGCGGCUCCUUCGGUGGUGCCUCGUUCGGUGGUCCCUCCUUCGGUGGUGCUUCCUUCGGCGGUGGCGGCUUCGGUGGCCAUUCUCACGGCGGCGGCAACCCCUUCGGUGGCCCCGGAGCUGGCUUUUCGUUCUAG